AACAUUUACAUGACUGGCUGCUCAGAGCAGGGAGGAGCUGUGGGGCCAGUGUAUAUAACCCAGGGAGGGACUGACACAGGACUGUGAGCUCUGACAGCCCAGCAAACCCUCCCUGAUUGGAAUUAACCCUUUCUCCGCUGUUGGUCCUCCUGCGGGGAGCUGCCUGGCUGCUGCUCAGGCAAACCCUCAAGUUCAGACCCCACGGGACGGGACAAGGACGAUUCAGUGACCUGGAGUUGAUUUGGCCAGCACCUGCUAAGGCUUGUUUCACCCUGGGGAUAAAAGCAGUGUCAAGGAAAGCUUUGAAACAGUUCAUUCGAACGCAACCCAGACACCGUCUGGCUGGUCGGGGUAUUCGGGCAAAACUCACAAUCAAAUUAUAUUUGAAAGGUGUUUUUCCUGAUCGCCCCACGUAGCCCAACCGCGCUUGAGCUGUAAUCGAGUGAGCUACUUUGAAUCUGUCCUUACGAAGGGCUCUGCCAGCACCUCCAGACCCACUGUGAACAGGCCUUAGUUACUGGUGGCUGCAGAAAGGCGUUUCAGAUGAACAAGUCUCCCGUUAUGGAGCCCGGAGUCUUUCGGAGACAGAAGAGAUGCGCCGAGUCGUCUCCUGCUGAGACAACAGGGCCAGAGCCAGACCUGGGUUCCCAGGAAACCCCAGUGACACAAAACGAAACAACUCGUGUGACCAUGUCCCCACAGGGUGGAGAGAGCUGCACAAUCUGCCCUGCAGGUACAGCUGCCUCUUUGGGUUCUGGUUUGAAAGCAUGUGCACGUCGCUGGGCAGUUCGGAGUGUGGUUCUCAAUCUCCUACUGAGCAUCAUCCUCAUCAUCCUAAUCGUCCUCCUCGCCGUGUCACCAAGGAAAUCGGAGCCGUAUGCAGCUGGUCCUGCCUGCCCAGACGGCUGGAUCGGGUACCUGGGGAAGUGUUACUAUUUCUCACAGGCUGAAGGAAACUGGACCUACAGCCAGAACAACUGCUCUGCACUCGGUGCCUCCCUGGCCGUGAUUGACACCCAGCAGGAAAUGGAUUUUCUGAUGCACUAUAAAGGACCCUCUGACCACUGGAUCGGCCUCCGGAGGGAACUGGACCAACACUGGAUGUGGACCAAUGGCACUGAAUUCAACGACUGGUUUACAAUAGAGGGAGGAGGCCUAUGUGCUUUUGCGGACAAUGGCAAAAUUGCCAGUUCAAACUGCUCCAGUGGGGGACACUGGAUCUGCAGCAAACCAGCAGAGAAACCAGAAGGCAGAGCAAAGUGACGGUGACCUGGAUGAGGCGGGGCCUUGUCCUUUUAACGGGGCUGUCCUAAGCUGCCUCAGUGACUGGCGAAGGGGGACAGCCCCAGAAGCAAGGAAGAGAGACGCUCGCUGAAGGACAGUGUAUAGCUCCUCCCCUUGGAGCCUCUGGCACCCAUUGGGCUAUUUGGGGACUGGGGUGAGGGUGCUGAUUAGCCAGCAUCCCCCAGCUCGCUCUCUGGCACAGAGAAGGAAUCUUCUGACUUGGAAAUGAGAAGGGGAGCAGCCCAGCCUGCUGUGUCCCUCCUGUCAGGGGCCCAGGCCAGGAGACUGGCCCGGGCUGUGGCUAGAGGCCAAUGUACCAUCAGGAGGUGCUGUGGCCCCUGCAGCCAAGCAGUGAAGGGGCCGGUGUGAACCCUGCAGCCUGGCGCAAGGACGCAUGAACUCUGCUGUACAGCAAGAAGGGCUGUUGUGCAGGCCCUGCUGAGCGCUGGGGGAGCGUGAAGAGACGCCGCGGACAGGAGAGAUUGGCUGGAACAUGCUAGCAUAGACGUGUGUGUGUGUGUGUGUGUGUGUGUGUGUCUAUACAUGUGUGCACAUAAAUAUUUGUAUAAUAAUA